UUGCUUCUAACUAAACGGCUUAUUUAUCUAACAGGGAACUGUGGAGUUCGCCCUCAGAUACGUAUUGUUGGCGGUGUAACAGCUCCCAAACAUUCAUGGCCAUGGCAGGCAAUGUUAAUGACGAAAAGUAAAUCACAGUUCUGUGGAGGAACGUUAGUUCACCCAAAUUGGGUUGUGACAGCGGCGCACUGCGUGGAAAACUUGAAGAAUACCAAUGUUUUUGUCAGGUUACAAAAUAGUUAUCAAAUUGUUUUAUUAGCAAUUUUGACUUAAAAUCUAUUUACCUCGACCACGUAUUCUAUUCUAUUCUCUUAUUUUCUAUUCCAUUCUAUCCUAUCUUAUUCUAUUCUGUUCUAGCUAUUCUAUUCUAUUGGUGGUUUUGAUUCACUGUCACGCCAUCAAAAAUUAAAAUGGAAACCUUUUAAUACAGAAAAUCUAGAAUCUGGGAAAUGAAAGGAGAUAAUUUACAAAAAGCCUUGCCAAGAAUCAGGUCUGUGCAAUAUUUCACAUGCGAGAUAUCCGGAAAAAUGUUUUACCCAAAUUUAUAAUUAAAAGCUUUGUAUGGAGACGCCAUGUUUGUGUCCUAUUCAGGGAUAUAAAUACAGUAUGGCCUCGGGAAACCGAUAGAAACAUCUGUUUUUGAGUUUUCUUAAUGCGUGAAUUAUUCGCUUGAGGAACUCGUAAAGAGUAAAGUAAUAUUUAUUCUGAGACAAGGAAUGUGUAGGUAGCAAAAUCUCCCAAAAUCGGUAAUAUCACAUCAAAGUAGAAACUCAGAAGAAGCGAUUGUUUCUUAGUUUGAAUUUUGGUGUCGUCAUGUGAAAACCGAGAAUUCUAUUAUAUUUCAUUUGUUAUAUCCUAUCCUGAUAUUUAUUUUAUUAUAUUCUGUUCUGUUCUGCUCUGUUCUGUUUUACUGUAUUGUAUUCUGCUCUGUUCUGUUCUAUUCUACUCUACUCUCAGUUCUAUAAUUAAAUUCAUAUUUUAAUUAUACUAAGGCAUAGCUCGGCUUUCAGAGGAAACAGUGCGUCGACCAUUCAUUUUAAAGUCUAAUUCUUCUUCCACAUCAUGGCCUAUGUUAGUUUUUAAUACAUGAGAUUUUUUAUGGUUAUGACCGGCUUAGUUUCUUUCUUUGGAUUGAUAGGAUGGGAGCGCACUCAAGGACGAAUGAUAUAAAAUUUGGAACAGAGCAGGACUUUAGCGUUGAGGAGGUGAUAAUCCAUCCUAACUACCGCGUACCCAAGUUUGAGAGCAACGAUUUCGCGCUGUUAAAACUGUCAAAGCCUGCUAAACUAAACAAAGCCGUCGGCCUGGCAUGUAUUCCAGAUCUUGGUCUUCCAUUGCCAAUCGACAAUCCGAAUGUGAAGUGUUGGACAACUGGAUGGGGAAGACUUUCUGAAGGUGGUCUCAAGCCAACCUACUUACAGCAGGUCGCGGUACCUCUUGUUUCUCAAAAACAAUGUGCUAAAAUUUACUACAGCUCAAUUGACAGUUCCAUGCUGUGUGCUGGUGUAGUUGAAGGAGGCAAGGAUGCUUGUCAAGGUGACAGUGGAGGACCACUAGUCUGUGAAUUCAAUGGAAGAUGGUACUUGGAAGGGGCCACAAGUUUUGGAGUUGGGUGUGCUUUACCCGACUAUGUUGGUGUGUACGCAAAGGUUCGUCAUUUUCUUCCUUGGAUGACGAAAGUUACAGCUGGAGAAGUAACAAGUAAGUAUAUGAAAGAAAAACGAAAACUACCGUCCCAAUAG